ACAGUUUACCUGUCCCCGGCUUUCAGUUUAUUAUACAUCGAAAAUUCAAAGCGAGUAUUCAGUCCUCAACAUGCUUUGCAACAAGAACAUGUACACCUGUGCUGUCGUCCUUGCCUUCCUAUUGGCAUCGGCAUCCAUCGACCGGAUCGAUGGAGCACCGGAUGGAGCGCCACUUGAAGCGUGUGAGACCAUGACACCUGGACAUGGUGUCGAUCCGCAACUCAUCACUUCGUCACCCUUCCAAACUGAAAUUCCAUCUGGGCAAUAUGCCAUCAUGGACAAUGCCUUGAAUUUGGAAUUGCGCUCAAAGAAUGACGUAACUACGUACAAAGGUUUCCUUGUGAUGGCAUUCGACAUGAAUGAUGCUACCAAACCAAUCGGCACGUUUGAGCUACCCAGUGAUGGCAAAGUAAUCGACUGUUCCGGUAUCGUUGGGAGCGCUGCUACCCACAAGGUCAACAAUGAAAAGAAGUUAACCACCGUGCAAUGGGUUCCUCCUCAAGGCUUUAUGGGUACAGCCAUUUUCAGGACCACUUACGUGCAUAACGUGACGACAUUUUGGGUUAAGACAGAAUCAAUUGCCGUCACUUAUGUGAUGGAGCUCCCAACAUCUUCAACAUCGGAAGCUCCGGUGGUGACAACUCCAAGCUCUGCCUCACAAACAGGCACGACAUGGAUCAGCCUGAUAACCUUUUCACUGAUGACUUCUUUAAUGCGAUAACGUUCAUCACGUGGAUGUAAUUUGUUUAGCCAAAAUCUGCAUGAUCAGAGUUCAAGAUUAUUCCAAAUUUUAUGUAAGCAUGUAUAACUGUUGAUUGAAAUUUUCAUUGGGGCUGAUUUGACAUUAAACUGAACGCGGUUCAUUAUUAAGGUUCCAUUUAUGAAGCGAUUUACACCCAUUAGACAAGAAUUUUAUUUGGUUACGUAAUCGUGCUCUGGAAGUAAAUAAACAGAUGAAAACGUUU